AUGGCAACUGAGGGAUGUACGUCGUCUGCUUUCCCGAGCGGGGUGUUAUCCUCGUGCCCGGAAACCCGCCAAGUUCAGGAGGCGCUAGAGCUCUCCAUCCGAACCGACGAGAGUGUGGUGAGCGUUCUCUUCUAGAUUUUAGAGGUGUAAUUCUAGAUUUUAGAGGUGUAAUUUAGAGGAGGAAAUAGGAAUAUCAUGAGGUCCUCUGGAGAAGUUGUGAGUACGUCACAAAGAGGGUUGCCUAUUUUCAAUUGUAUUUUUCUCUCUGAUUUUUGCAAAAUUGGAAACUUAUGUUUUUUAUUCCCUUUUUUGUAACAUCGCAAACUUCGUUUUCUGUGAAUAAAACCAAAGAUGCUCUGAUAACUGAGAUGGGACAAGAUGUGCAUGUGCAUGCUUUCUGAUACAGCACAUGCACAAUCUGAUCCCAGCUCAACGUCAGAUUGAGCACAUUAGAGUGAGGGAGUAUAGUAGUAGAAUGUUCCAACUGAAAUGUGAAAUAAAUGAAUCCUCCAUUCUGAGAAAGGGAAAAUAAGAGAUGAAGCGAGAGUGACAGGUGUCCGGCACGUGCCGAGAGCACGCUCAAAAACCACUCAACUCUCGCUUGAACUAAUUUCUUUGCAAGUUAAGAGGCAAUGUCUGAGAAGUUCAAAAACUGCAGGUCACAAAAAAUUCAGAAUGUUUCAAUUUGUCCCAUAUUAUACCCAAUGGGUACUUACAUAACUUACAUAACAUAAAAUAACAGAACAUAACAUACAUCAGACAAGUUUUGGUCCGGCUCCGUGGUCCCUAGUCCGAUGUAACUAAUUUUAAGAAAAUGCUAGCGUCUCAGACUUAACGCCAUUCGAUUUCUCGCAUCUUUUUAAGCAUUUUUCAUGUUGCACCAAAAAUUCAGCACCUCUCCUUCAUGGAGAAAAAUAUUGUUUUAUGACAUUUUCCAGAAAAUUUUUCAGUUUUCUGCUCGUCCUAAAAAAAUUUUAACACUACAUAGCCAUUAUUUUAUUGCUGAUUCUGAAUCUAGACGUUAUUGUGCUUCGGCAAAAAAAGUUCACCCCGAUCCCGAUUGACAUCAAGGUGUUUUUAGACCGAAAUUCACGAAAUUCGGAGUACUUUUGCAUGGAAAAAUGUUCGCGAACUUGAGAAAAGUGCGUUUUCCCAAUUUUAAAAGGGUUCUGAUCGCUAUUUUUGUUGUUUUCGUAUACUUUUAAACAUUCUCGAUUUUUUUGAAGAAUUUCGAAAUUUAUUUUUUUCUCGAAAAUUUUGUUUGUGAAAUUUCCAUCAUUAAGUUAUAAAUAGAUGCAAAACUUGUAAAAAAGGGUGACUCAGGUAUUACGGUGUGAAGACCACAGGAUCGAGCAUUCAUUUGUUCAGACUUACUUAUAUUUUCAGCCUUUCAUCCAUGAGUUGCCUUCUCCCGGUCGUCCGUCCACCAUCUUUUGAUUUUUAACCCAUUUCGUGCACUUCCGGAGUCGCCACGUCCUUCAGUUACGUCUGAAAGUCGUCACGAUCAGUGUCUAACCGAGGCAAAUUUCUUUGCACUCGGCGGGGCUCGAACCUGCGGUCUUCGGAUUGCUAAGCACAAGCUUAACCGCUUACACCACCCUGGCCACGCGGCUCAAUCGCCCAUAGGGUGUAUAUAUAAUGGCGACGGGCGCCGUUGGGCGCUGUGGUGUCGGUGAUAUCUCGAGAACGGAUGGAGUUAUCGAGAAGCAUCCAAGAGCAAAAAUGAUCAGAAAAAUGUGCUCCGUUCAUCUAAAUACAUAUCAUAAAGAUUCAGAAGUCAUUUGAGGAUUCAGAUGACACCGAAAAAAAAUUGUCCAAAAUGUGACUUGAUGUAUAUCAAAUAAAUGACAAAAACACGAAGAUUGUAUGUCCUCAUAAGGAGCUGCCUGUUAUCAUUGAACACACAAGCAAUAUUUGUAAAAAGGGGUGACUCAGGUAUUACGGUGUGAAGACCACAGGAUCGAGGUUUAUUUCUCUCAAACUCACUCUAGAAUUAUUUCUUCUACCUUCCGAGCACAAUCCUUCUUCCUGUCGUCCGCUCUGUGUUUUUGUUUGAACCGUUUACACACUUCCGGAGUCGCCUUCAGUCAGGUCUGAAAGUCGUCACGAUCAGUGCCGAAACAAGGCAAAUUUCUUUGCAUUCGGCGGGGCUCGAACUUGCGGUCUUUGGAUUGCCCGCUCUGUCCGCAUUUACGUUAUUGUACCUGCGUAUUCGAAGAAGGGGGAAAAAAAUUAAGUUAUAUUUUCGUCAUUUUUAUUUUUCGGUGUAAUCUGAAUCCUCAAAUGACUUCUGAAUCUUUAUGAUAUGUAUUUAGAUGAACGGAGCACAUUUUUCUGAUCAUUUUUGCUCUUGGAUGCUUCUCGAUAACUCCAUCCGUUCUCGAGAUAUCACCGACACCACAGCGCCCAACGGCGUUCGUCGCCAUUAUAUAUACACCCUAUGGGAGAUUGAGCCGCGUGGCCAGGGUGGUGUAGGCGGUUAAGCUUGUGCUUAGCAAUCCGAAGACCGCAGGUACGAGCCCCGUCGAGUGCAAAGAAAUUUGCCUUGGCUAGACACUGAUCGUGACGACUUUCAGACCUGACUGAAGGACGUGGCGACUCCGGAAGUGUGUAAACGGUUCAAACAAAAAUACUGUGCGGACGACAGGAAGAAGGAUUGUGCUCGGAAGGUAGAAGAAAGAAUUCUAGAGUGAGUUUGAGAGAAAUAAAGCUCGAUCCUGUGGUCUUCACACCGUAAUACCUGAGUCACCCCUUUUUACAUCCUCACAAGGAGCUGCCUGUUAUCAUUGAACUCACAAGCAAUAUUUGUAAAAAGGGGUGACUCAGGUAUUACGGUGUGAAGACCACAGGAUCGAGGUUUAUUUCUCUCAAACUCACUCUAGAAUUAUUUCUUCUACCUUCCGAGCACAAUCCUUCUUCCUGUCGUCCGCUCUGUGUUUUUGUUUGAACUGUUUACACACUUCCGGAGUCGCCACGUCCUUCAGUCAGGUCUGAAAGUCGUCACGAUCAGUGCCGAAACAAGGCAAAUUUCUUUGCACUUGGCGGGGCUCGAACUUGCGGUCUUUGGAUUGGCCGGUCUGUCCGCAUUUACGUCAUUGAACCUGCGUAUUCGAAGAAGGGGAAAAAUUCAAUACAUACCAGUUUUCUUAUGUGCGAAAUCGAUGUUCUUACCGGUGUAUUAGCAUUUUUUCACCGUUCUCUUUAGUCCCGGAAUAGUGGCUCAAUUGAAUUAAAAUCAUAUAUUCGUAUUUCAUUUACUGUCGGGGCAUUUGAAUGUGAAUGCGCUCUGUUGAGAAACCCAUCGUUUUGUGAUCUCCGACGUUUGAUUUUUCAGCCGUGUUACGAGUUUCAGUAGUUUUUCAUUUGAAUUCUGGAAGAAUGUUCUCUGUUUUUAACUGGCGCCGGGCUGGAGACCACAAUUGCAACAGAGCGCAUUUACUUUGAAAUGCCUGGAUAGUGUCAAUGUCACUUGUAGGCCGCGUUCCGACAGGAUUUUCUGGACAUCGCUGAGUACAGAGCCGACAAAUUUGCGAAUAGAAUGCUGAAGACGACCGACGGGUCGGGAUCGGAGAACAAAGCGAAAUUGGGCGCCUACGGUCAUAUCGGAAAAAUGAUGUUCAUCCAGGUACAACGCAUUAAAGUUUGGGACCAUAAACAAUAAUAAUAAUUCAUUUCAGUACGCUUCGGAAAAAACGAAACUCGAGGAGACCACCUCUAUUCUGGCAAGAGCUCUUGUUAGUAUCACAAAGUGCCAGCUCUCAAGAAAUUUCACAUUUUUUCAGAGAGUCGAGAAACCAAAGCGCCACGUGGGAAAAAAGAACAACCGCUUCCAUUCGAGAGUCACAGUCAUCGAGGACAAACCAGCCGGCCACAUGGUGAGUAGAGGCGAGUUGGAGUUGUGGAUUUAACAGAGUCUUACUGAACUUCCGCCACAACCCAAGUUGGAUUAAAUGUAGAAAACAUGGCUGUAUUUUAAUCGAUUUUAGUGUUUAUUGUAAGGGCAUUUUCUGCAAAAUCGGUCCCCAGAUCGUUGCAGUUUGCAGUACAGAAAGAGUUUUGCAACAAGCCGAAUUUGCCGUGAAAUGCCCCCUAUUAAAAAAGUUAUGAGUCUUUUUAUAGCUCACUUGCUAUAAAAUGCGGCCCGGGCCGGAUUCUAAAAUUUUCCGAAAUUUUCGAAAGAAAAUUUACAACCACCUGUUCAGCAGUGCUGGAGCGAUAGAUCGCAACCCUGACACUCAAUAUUAGAAAAUUUGCCCUGCAUUUUUCUUUCUUUUUGCAAAUAACUCAAGGUAAACUUCCAAGUCGACCGGGCCGGGUCGAGCCACAAAUUUUGCGGUCUUGCAAUUUUAUUUCAUACGACAAAAAUUUUGAAUGACAACUCCAUAUCGAACACAUCCAGUCACUAGUAGAAACUUUUGUCGUCGAACCAUAAGCGCGAAUGCCUUCAAAAUUUUUUUCAGAGACUCGAUGCGUCGUCAGUGGUUGCCACGAACAAGAAGUGA